ACUCACCUAAAAUCGGCCCCAAACCUCACUCCCUCGACCAACCGGCAAAAAUGCACAGCCACAUCGCACAUCUACUCAUCCCAUUCCUUUCCCAACGAACACCGAAUCGUGGAACGUCAAUGUAUUCUCGUCAACAGCAAUAAACACAACACAUCUAUACAUUGCACCCGGUCGUCCGUCCAUGAAAUCAGCAUAUAACCCUUCACGUCAUCAAGUACAUGGCAGACAGAAAGCCCGCGGACGAAGAUGACUAAUCCCCACGCACCAGCCACUCCUCAACGCAUCCACCCCGCUCUAGCGCUACGCCAUCCCUCACACAGACCACUGCCAAACACCCCACAUACCUAGAAUAGCCUAGGCCACCCGGCUAACGCUUCCAUAAAUAGAGCAGAGCUGUACGCUCAGUUUAAGGUUGAUCUAUUGUUACAUCACGUGCAACCCUACAUCCAGAUGCCCACAGACUUGGAAAACUGAAUAUGGCGCUGCACCUCGACUGACCCCACAGGAAGAGUGAGCUCUACAACUCAAGGCGGGGUAUUACAAAUAAUGCUGACUCGUGGGAGUAUAUUGGUGUGGCAUAAAAACUCCCCGCUCUUAUCUUUCUUCGCUUGAGCUUUCUCAAACAUGUCAGGAUAUACGUCCACCAUUGAUGGUUUCCAACGUGCAAUGGAAUGGAGCCUCACAGGGCCACCGGAAGAGGCGAGAGCAUUAUGUCGACGCGACCUCGCAACCCGAUUUUUGUCACAUCGUGAACCAACAGAAGCUUGACUACACAUCGUAUCUUAAGGGUCUUGAAGAGUGGCGAGGCAAAGUUUCAGAAUAUAAGCCAAAAAGUUGUAGUAUUCCCCCUAUCCCCACCCUUCCAAACCCUUUUAUGUGGAUGGGACUGAUCCUUUUUUUUUUCCUUUCUCUCCAGCGAGAAGUUUCUUCGCCAUGGCGAUCAGCUAGCAGCACGAAUGACGGGUACUAUCAAGGUAUACGGUUCCGAAACGGCUUUUUCGAGUUUCAUGUUCGGAAAAAUUCAUCCGCAGACGGGCAGGUUGGAGCAUCUCAAUUGAACGAUGCAUCUGGGGGCCAAGUGGACAAGGAGCCUGAGCACGGAGUAUCGUAAAAAGCUCCCUACAACUUACAAAGAUUCGAUAGUCUUUAGAAAGAAUGGCAUGUAGCAAGCUAGCUUCGGAAGCGAGAGACGUGCUUGGGCGUAUCUGUUCAAUGGACCUACCAUCGUUAACCAUGCCUUUUAACAAGUGCGUCGGCCCACUAAUCCCCCUCCUGUACAUCUGGAGUCGACUGCCUUCCGCAAGUCUCAUGGCGAGCCGUUCGAGAUCAACGCUUCUGAUACACGCAUGGUUAUUGUGCCAUCCCCCAAGCACAUCAAGGAGCUUGGUUCUACCAUC